GCACUUACAGUGACAGUUACUUGGAAACAGUGAGCCUUAUCGGCUUUCUUUUCUAUGCAUAUUUAAGUAUUGUAUUUUGCAGCAAACUCGGCAGACAACAAGUUAUUCUUUCCUUCCGCUUAUCGCAAAUAGAGACACUAUAUUGUUUGAGCAUUCACGACAUAACCAAAAUAGAACCGGUCGUGAUGGCCUUUGUGAUUUAAGGUUCCUCUUCAAAGGCAUUUAUUGAAGAUAAUUUUGAUCAGCCACAGGGAAAGCCGUAUUAUACCAGCAAAAAUGAUCUCUGGGCUAUAGCUGUGCGAUUUUACUCUAUUGAUAGUAUCUCAGCGAAUGUGAUGAACGACGACGCUAUGACACCAAUAGUUGCAUUAGCGUACUUCCUUUGCAACCAGAGAAAGAGUUUGUUUGGACUUGAGGAAAGUGAAGAUCCUGAGCUUAUAAACAUAUACCGUAUUGCCGCAGGAACAUUUGAGCCUUAUAUAACAAAAGAAGAAGAAAAGUUAAAUGAUAGGAUGACUGUAAUGAAAAAUAUAAAGCAGCAAUUCCAAAAAAUUUCGAAAUGUGCAGUUGACGAUACCAUUUUGAAAAAAAUCAAACGAUACGCCGACGAUGGCUUUGAGUAUAUAAACAAGAAGAUUAUAAUGGUUGAAGAAAAUGAAGCUGGGUCGAUCACGCCCAUUGAAAAAGUAAUGACUGCAGACAGUUACUUUGUAAUGAAGCAAAGAGAAAAAACACGAGGCAAAUUUUCAUGGGAAGCGUGCUUUUUGGAAGGAAGAGGACAAAAUUUGUUCGAUCGAUACAGAUCUUCGCUAUCGUUGAAGGAUGCAUAUCAUAAAAACACUUUAUAAUGAAUAAACUUCCCC